AUGCAUUCAGAUGAAGAUUCUAAAAUAGAAGAAGAAGAUUCUCUACAUACAGAAAGUUGGGAUUACAAGAAAAAAAUUGAUAUCACUAUGAUGCCUUUUUUAAAGAAAGCGGCGCAUAGGCACAACGCGGAAAAGCAAGUCGAUUACGAGGAAGAAAAACCUACGACGGAAAAGCUACGGCCGAUCCACCCCAAUGAGAUGAUAUUCCCGUUAAUUUACCGCCAAGUUCAUAUAAAUAGUAUGUUUAAAUUUGCUGAAAACUGGUACACUUGGUCGACUGAAAAGAGAACAGAUGGGUCUAAGGCGAUUAAUUACUACGUAUGUUAUGACGAGCCAAAGCAUUGCGACGAAGUUGGUUGGGAGCGAACAGACAAUCCCCCAAGGUGCGCUUUUCAAAUAGAUUCUCUAAUGCCCGAUGAUCGCGCUUGUCUUAACACUUUCGGUGUGGAACCACAUACGAAUGGAGUUUGCGACGGAGGAGAACAAAUGAAGGUCAGCGAUAUUGUGCGGGCGUGCGGACCAAGGAUACGUUCGUUGUGGCGAUUCUUCCGUGUAGGACGCAGACCGGCCAACGCAGCUAAACCAGCUGAUGUCAAUUCAUUAAUAUGCGAAGAUGAAGAGGAAUGCUUUAUUACUAUCGAAUACAGAAUUCAUCACGACAGAAUAACAUUUUCCCUACAUGAACCUUCAAGGGGCCAAACAUUUAAAAGUGCGCUGAAACGAGAUAUUCUGACGGAGGAGGAUAAUAAAGUUAUACUAACCACAGAAUCGCAUACGAGAACAGUUCAUCGAUCCAAAAAAAAUCGUGAUGAAGAACAUAGUCGAAAGAAAUUUCAUAACAAAUCUAGAAGCAAAAUUGUCGAAGGCAAGGGAGUCGUAAAAGAAAGGAACGAUUCUGGCUAUACAAAUAGUAGAGUACUUAAAAAUAAAAUUAAAGUGAAAGACGAUAAUAUAUCAGAGGAUGUAUCUGAUAAAUAA